CUGCGCUGGGGCCACCUCCGAGCUCCGCCGCCACCUCACAGGGCUCCGAGCGCUAGCGCCAAUACUGGGCCGCACAGAUGCUCCCACAAUGGUGCCUUUGGCGCCGGGGCCGGGCUUGUCCCCGCUCUGUCCAAUCAGCGCGCGAGUGUGAGGAGUGACGGCAGAGUCAGGCAAUCGCAGCGAAAGGCGGGCUCUGAACACGGCACGGGCUCCUUUCCCCUUCCCUGAGCUCCGCCAUUUCUCGGAAACCUCGCCUGAGGAGCGGCUCCCGCACUGGUCCCGGCCUGGGCAUCAGGCCAAGGCCCCGCUGCUGCCCUGAACCGCCGGGAGCUCGGGGUGAGCGGGAGCUGCGGGCGGUGGGAGCUCGGAGGAUUUUUAUUCCCAAGGCGUGGGCAGAUGGAGGAGAAGGAAAAGCUCCAGAGAUACAUCACAAGGGGGAGCUGCAAACCCAGCCCAGGGAGCUGCAAGCAGGAAAGACCCUCCCUUAGCCAGGAAGGCAGCCGGAGGUCCAGCCAGAGCUCAGAGCUGGUGGAGAAGCCUCAUGGUGGGGAGAAGCCCCAGAAAUGCUUGGAAUGUGGGAAGGGUUUCAGGUGGAGCUCCUGGCUGAUCCGGCACCAGAGGAUCCACACUGGGGAAAAGCCCUAUGAGUGUGGGAAAUGUGGGAAGAGCUUCAGGCGGCGCUCCCACUUGAUCCAACACCAGAGGAUCCACACUGGGGAGAAGCCCUAUGAAUGUGGGAAAUGUGGGAAGAGCUUCAGGGCAAUAUCUGAUCUGAUGCUGCACCAGGUGGUCCACACGGGAGAACGGCCCUACACCUGCUUGGAAUGUGGGAAGAGCUUUGGGUGGAGCUGUCACCUGAGAAGACACCAGCGCAUCCACACUGGGGAGAGGCCUUUCGAGUGUUCUGAGUGUGGGAAGAGGUUUCAGACCAGCUCCGAUUGCCUCAAACAUGAGCAGAUUCACACAGAGGAGAGGCCCUUCCGCUGCCCCGACUGCAGGAAGGGAUUCAAACGCACCUCCCAUCUAAUCAGACACCAGCGCAUCCACACCGGGGAGAGGCCCUACGAGUGCCCUGAGUGUGGGAAGAGCUUCUCACAGACCUCAACCUUGACCCGGCACCAAGGGAGGCACCACUAAGGGAAGCCCUGUGAGUGCCCCAAGUGUGGGAAGAGCUUCGUGCUCUGCUCAGCUCCAUUCCCCCUGGGAGGAUCAGUGUUGGAUGAUCCCCAGUGACUCCCGUCCCGGUUUGAAGGACAGGUGUCUGCCAAUAAAGGCAGAAGUUUUCCUUUGAAAUAGAGACUUUAAUUCCACUUCCACCAAGUAUUAUAAUUGUUUGAAUCAAGGACUCUGAGUCAGAGAUAAGGGGGUAGGAAUAAUAGCUCUUUUACUAAUAUGUCUAAUCGUACAAGCAGAAACAACAGCAGUUGUUAAAAUUACCAACAAAACAGAACAGAUAAUUCGGUUCCAAUCCUUUCUUCAGCUGUGGGCACACUCUCUCUCGGCGGGAGCGGAGGCAGGAGGGGGCGGCAGCAGCCACGCCAGUCUCGGGUGGGAGCGGCUGGAGAGGGCAGCUCCUUGCUCACUGUUUGUGUCCGGGUGUUUAGCUGUGUCUGCAGAGGCAGGAGGCUACAGCGAGGCAGAUGCAGGGCAGGUGAUCGCAGAGGGUCUGGCUCUCCUGCGUUCGGCUCUGUGGCUCCAGAUGGGAGGAAUCCUCCUCUGAGCUCCCUGGAAACAUGAGUCUCUCUGGAAGCAUGAGUCACCCCUCAGUACGCCCAGCUCCCACCUGUCCCUUUUGUCUAGAGUUGUCAAAGGUCCUGGGUGUAACCUAGCCAGCUCCACUGGCAUGAUAAUGGGAAAAAUUCUAUAAAUUGACACAGUAAUAGAAAAAUACUCAACCCGCAACACACCCGUUGGGCAGAGCCCUGGUGAUCCCUGGUCCUGGUGAUCCGUGUUGGGAAGACACCUGGCUGGGGGGACUCUGCAUCAUCCUGUCUCCCUGUGGGCACCUGGAUGAACUCAGGGGCAGAAACAUCCAUCAGGACGCAAACCGACAUUGGGAAUUCCUUGGGGAGAAUGGAUUUCUUGACUUUCAACCUCAGAAAAUCUUUUGUGUUCACUCCUAUUUUCUGGUGGCAUCCAGGAAUACUGGUCUUGGAGGUCUUUUCCCAUGUGGUGGUUUGUAAAGAUUUCACGAAAUUUUUUAUCUGCCGACACCUGGGCAGUUUUCCUUGUAUCUGACAUGAACCAGUCAGUGUCGGAUUUUAAUAUUGACACAUUGACACAUUGUUACAGCAUUAAGCAAGUUUAUUCAUCUAUAAUACACAUGUAAAGACAAAAAGUCUCGGGCAAGUUCUCUUUCCCUUCCAGCCUCUCACAAAGUAACACCAGCCCAGGUCCCCUCCACGCGGCCCGGGCCGGGCAGGGGCAGGCGGGCUCUGACUCAGAGCUCAGGAAGCUGCCAGGCCCCGUUUUCAAGCAGGGACCCCGAUAUCCAGGGAAAGGAAAGGAAAGGAAAGGCCCGUUGCUGACAUCUCUGCCCCCUGGCACGGCCGCGGCUCGGCAGAACCCUGCCCUGCCCCAGCCCGGAGCGGCUCCGAACAGCCGGGCCUGCCCUGCUGCCCCCGCGGCCUGGGGGAAAAACAGCUGAGCCCCGUUCUGGCAAGGCCCCCACAGCCUUGUCUGCUGGGCAGGGUGGAGGAAGAACCCGUGGCCUGGGGCUGGAAUUGAGUGCAGCGGGUGCCGGAGAACAGCCAUUAAACCAGAAACUCAUCACCGCUUCUCUGACUAAACCCUGCAGUCUUCACCCAGCCCCCAGCGUGGCAUUGAAAGACUCUUUAUUGUAAAUAACUCUGACUGCCCCACCUGGAAAAUAUCACAAAACCCUCUGCUGGUAUGGCAAGGUAUUAAUUCCUUCAAUGCCUAGAAUAAAACUUUACAGAUACUUUAUUCUCUCUCCUAAAUAAAAAAACAAAAAAACAAAACCAAAACAAAUAAAAACCAAAAUAGUAAUGCACACAGAAACAAAAUAAAAACACCAAAAUCAAACAAAAAGUCAAAUUACAAGUGAAGAAAAAAAGUUGUGAACUAAAAUUUCAUUUUAUUUUACUAUGUAGAAAAAACUCUUGUUUGCCUAUAACAUAUAAAAAUAUUAUGAAGUGAAUAUAAUUGUUCUAACUGAAAAUAUAAACAAAAGCAUUAGUAUUAAAGUAAACAAAUGCUAAAAUUCCUGUAAUCCCCUAAGUUUAAAUAAUAAACAAGCCACAGUUGUUUUCCCCAAAAAAAGAAAAAGAAAAAAAACUUCUAUUCUCAAAAAUAAAGUAAGUUUUUGUUUAAACUGUUAUAACCCUUAAAGUGUGCCUCAUAAGUUAAUAUAGUUCUCAGUAAAAGUUAUGAGAAAAACUGUUAGUCUGAAAAAAGGGUUUUUAGAUAGUAAUAAGAUUUCCAUUCUCCUGGGUGGCUAAUCACUGUAACAUCAAAACCACAAGAAAACUGUUUCUUGUGAAGAAAUGCUCAGAGACUGAAAACAAGUCUCCUCUUUCAAGUCAAUUAGUAAAAAAUUAUUUUAAAGAUGGUAAACUGAGUUGCUUUUGUAUGUUUUCAGUAUAAAAAAAAAAGAAGUAAUCUAAAGUUUUAUUCUAAGUAUAUUUUUCGUGUAGCUUUUAGUAAUAAAAUUUCUCUUUAUACUGUUCAAAGUAAAGCCUGUUUUUUGCCUACUUCUAAUCCUCACAAGAAAAAAAGUUCAAAUUAAUAAACCAAAACCACUACAUCCAA